UCUUUCCCUCGUUUUCUGCUCACUUUCUCUCUCUUUCUAUCUCCCGCUUUUUUUAUUUUCUCUCUUCCCAAACACCAGAUCCCCCUACUAUUUCAUUCUUCGAUUCCUUUUAUCCAAUCACUUUCACUUCAUUACAUCUCCAAUUUCACUUGAUCUGUUCUUCUUUCAAUUUCCCUAACCCUUGCUUUAUAAUUACCCAAUUAAUUCAAUCUCCAUUUGACUUAAGUUUUCCAUGUCCAAUUCACAAACGCAUAACUUCUCUACGCAGCCCAACGACACUUCCAUGCAGCAGUCGUUUAAGCGCCAGCUCCCGUUUUCUUCUAUGAAGCCGCCGUUUUCAGUUCCCGCUGAUUAUCACCGCUUUGCUGCCGACCCUCGUCGACGACCCGAUCAAGAAUCUGAGGGCAUCGUAGUUAAAUCUCCACAAUUAAAGCGGAAGAGUGAACCAGCAGAUCAUGAAGCUGAGUCAAAUGAGCGGACAGCUGGUCCUGGAUACACUGAAAUAGUUAACAGCCCUCUCCAGACACCUGUAUCAGGAAAAGGGGGAAAGGUGCAAAAAACAUCAAGGCUUGCAAAGAAUAGUAAAUCUGGACCCCAAACUUCAGCUUCAAAUCUUGCUUCACCUGGCAACAAUCUGACACCAACUGGUCCCUGCCGUUAUGACAGCUCCCUCGGGCUCUUGACAAAGAAGUUCAUAAAUUUGAUCAAGCACGCUGAAGAUGGUAUUCUUGAUCUAAAUAAAGCCGCUGACACUUUGGAGGUGCAAAAAAGGCGGAUAUAUGACAUAACAAAUGUCUUGGAAGGUAUUGGUCUCAUUGAAAAGAAACUCAAGAACAGAAUUCAGUGGAAGGGACUCGAUGUCUCAAGGCCAGGGGAGGCUGAUGAAAAUGCUUCGAGUUUACAGGCUGAAGUUGAAAGCCUUGCCAUUGAGGAGCGCCGAUUAGAUGAUCAAAUAAGAGAAAUGCAAGAAAGAUUGAGGGACCUUAGUGAAGAUGAAAAUAAUCAAAAGUGGCUUUUUGUCACAGAAGAUGAUAUCAAGAACUUACCCUGCUUCCAGAACGAAACCUUGAUAGCUAUUAAAGCUCCCCAUGGCACUACUCUGGAAGUCCCUGAUCCUGAUGAGGCUGUUGACUAUCCCCAGAGAAGAUACAGAAUAGUUCUCAGAAGCACAAUGGGUCCUAUAGAUGUUUACCUUGUUAGUCAAUUUGAAGAGAAAUUUGAGGAGAUACAUGGUGCUGAGGCAACUUCAAACUUGCCAUCAAGUUCAGGCUUUAUCGAGAACCCUGCAUCAACAAUGAUCACACAGGAGAGCAGAGGGAAGGAGAUUGAAAUGCAGGGACAAGAUGCUCAUAAAGAGUGCACAGAUCUUAACGCCUCACAGGACUUUGUGAGUGGUAUCAUGAAGAUUGUUCCGUCAGAAAUUGAUAGUGAUGCAGAUUACUGGCUUUUAUCAGAUGCUGGAGUUAGCAUCACAGACAUAUGGCGGACUGAACCUGCUGUUGAAUGGAAUGAGUUGGGUAAUCUUCACGAUGAUUAUACCAUGGCUAGUGUUAGCACGCCACGGGCCCAAACUCCACCAUCCAACCCAACAGAGCUGUCAUCUACUGCUAAUCUUGGGAGGUGAAUCGGAUAUGUUGAUAAAUCAGAAGUACAGGUAAAAAUGGACAUGUUUUUAUCUAGAACCUUGCCGGAGUUUCUGACUCAAGGUUCUGGGAGUUGCCUGAUGUUACUUGAAAUCUGAGGCUGUAAAGAAUAGGAAGGGGUGUAGGGGUGUUAUACUAUUGACUGAUACGAAUGAUCCAAUGUGAUGUUGUAGUAAGUAAAGUUUUUUAAUGUUUUAGUCCAAGCCCUGUAAAUUAUUGCAUCCCUUUGGUUUGUUGUAUCGACUAGCACAUGUGAUUAGGCUGACUGGGAAGUAAUGGAUAGAAUUAUUUAGUGUCAUGUAACGGCAAAACUUAAUCUGACCAUGACUUGAAUAAAUGAUCAGAAACUAUUAUUUUGCUUUCAUCAUA